AUGCAGAUUCAACCAAAUGAAUCCUUAUACUUUGACAUAUUCCGCUCACACACUGCUAACGAGCUUUCUGGCUCCUUCAAAAAUCUCUUCUGGACGCACUAUGUAUUGCAGGCGUGCCACUCUGAGGAUGCCAUCAAAUGUGCUGUUAUUGCACUGGGUGCUCUGUAUCAGACUCUCGAGCAGACGGCUGCCCUGGAUAUGCACAGUGGAUCGGAGAUGGGUGGUGACGCCCGUGUCGAGCUUGUCAGGGGUCAUUGGCAAGUUGCCGUCAGGAGAUAUGGUGAUGCAUGCAAUGCUUUGGUGAAACUCAACACCCAAGACCAGAGAUCACACAGGACCUCGAUCAUGGCGAAUGUGCUUCUGGCCUGCUUUGAUUCCUUUAUUGGUGAUCACAGGCAGGCCAUUCACCAGAUCCAGACCGGACUCGGCCUGCUCGACAUCUUCCGCACUCAACAAAGACAAAGACUCCCUCCAGUUUCCGAAAAUUCGCUGGAGGAGGAAUUGGUUAUCAUUUUUACGCGCCUGGCGAUUCAAGCAAAGUCCUACGAUAUGGCAUUCCAUUUCCCCCAGCCGUUCAGUAUAAGGCUCAGCUCACAAUCGCAAACACAAUCUCCUGGUCCGAGUGGCACAACAACCCCUUCGCAAGAGGAGCCCUUCUCGAUCCCUGAAACUUUUUCAUCUGUUGUCGAAGCUCGGGUGACCUGUGAUGCGUUGAAUGCUAGAAUCAUGAGAUACGUCGAGGAGCUUUUCGCCAUGAAGACCGACCUCAAGAGUACCCUACCCCAAUCGUGGCUUGACUAUGGUCUUCAUUUCAAACAUUACCUGGACGCUUGGGGGAAAGCGUUCGACAACCUGUUUUUCACACGGCACAAUCCUUCUGUCAGCCUUCAGGAGAAAGCAGGCAUUGCUGCACUGAAAAUGCUGUCCACGAAUUCAAGAAUCCUGUACCUCAUGAUGUUCAGUGACAAGGAGUCUGACUUUGACAACUUCCUUCCUCAGUUUCAGACAAUUGUUGAUCUUGGUACCGAAAUAGUCGGCGACGAAGAGAGGCGAGCCGCAUCCCGCGAUUGCCCCGAUCCUGAGCACUGCCAACAUCGCCAACGGGAAAAUUGGCAAAGCCAAGACUUGUUCCCGCCCAUGGGAUUCUCAGCUCCGCAUCUCAAACCCAGGUUCGCAGCUGACAUAGGGAUUGUUGCACCUCUGUUUGUUGUAGCGACCAAAUGUCGCGAUCCAGGAACAAGGCGCCGAGCUAUUCAGCUUCUACGCAGCAGUGCCCGCCGUGAAGGAAUGUGGGAUAGCGAGAUGGUUGCGAAUAUUAGUGCAUGGGUCAUGAAUCUUGAGGAGUCAGAGGCGCUGUCCAUGGGGGUCGAGUCGUAUCAUGUCGAUGGCAUCACGAGGCCCAUACCACGAAUAGUCCCCGAAGAAAAGCGCUUCACAAUUCGCUCUGUUGACUUCGACCUUCGAACUCGAGUUGCGGACCUUCAAGUUGGCACUCGCGGUCUCCCACCCGGUAUUCCCGAUUCUAAAUUUCGUCAAACUCGGCUGAACUGGUAG